GUCAUGGCGCUGCUGCCGGCGCUGCGUCGCCUGCGCGCGCAGCGCGUCGUCCUGGCCUCGGCCUCCCCGCGCCGGCGCGACAUCCUCACCCAGGCGGGUCUCCGGUUCGAGGUCAUCCCGUCCAAGUUCAAGGAGACGCUGAACAAGGAUGACUUCCCCACGCCGGCCGCCUACGCCGUGGAGACCGCCAGGCAGAAGGCGCUGGAGGUGGCGGAACGGCUCUACCAGAAAGAUCUACAGGUGCCGGACCUGGUGAUUGGAGCGGACACCAUUGUGGUGGUGGACGGUCUGAUUCUGGAGAAGCCCGUGGACAAGCAGGAUGCCUACCGCAUGCUGUCCCUGCUGAGCGGGCGCACCCACGUGGUGGUGACGGGCGUGGCCCUGGUGCGGUGCCGCCCGCCGGGGAAACUGAGGCAGGGGACGGACGGACGCCUGGGGACGGACGUGACGGCCUUCCACGAGGAGACGCGCGUGACCUUCUCGGCGCUGUCGGAGGAGCUGCUGCGGGAGUACGUGGACAGCGGGGAGCCCAUGGACAAGGCCGGAGGGUACGCCCUGCAGGCCCAGGGCGGGAUGCUGGUGCAGGCCGUGCAGGGCGACGCGCUCAACGUCAUCGGCUUCCCGCUCAACCGCUUCUGCCGGGCGCUGGCCUCCGACCCCGACCCCGACGAUGACCCCGACGAUGACCCCGACCCCCCGCGAGGAUCCGGGGUGGCGGUGGAGGGCGCCCAGGCCGCGGAGGACCCGGAUGACGGCGCCCGGCGUGGCGGCGGCGGCCUUUGACCCCUCGGGCUUCGCGCGCGCGCGCGUCACGUGGGAGGUGCGAGCCCCGCCAGGCCACGCCCCCGCGCGCCGUGACUGGCUGUGUGGAAGCCACGCCCCUCCCCGCGCGCCUCCCCCGCCCUGUGCAUCCGGGCCUCUGUGCAUCCGGGUCUCUCUGUCGCAGGCCCCGCGCUGCUGCUGCUGGUGGAGGCCGGGGAGGAAUAAACGCCGGGGCCUCCAAUCCUGAGCCUCCACGUUUGAGCCUCCA